UUUUCAUUUAACCUUUGACAAGGUGGACUUUACUUUGCAAGAUUGAGGAUUUUGCAAAUGUGAGGAUUUUAUUGGAUUCACGCUAGAUGAUGAUGAUAUCAAAUCAUCUAGCAUUUGUGGAAGUCCGCAACAGAAGGCCUGCAAAUUAUGUGAGGAAAGAGUUAAUUUUGAAUAUUGCUUCAACGUCUAGACCUGCUCCCCGGCCACAACCCAAUAAGCAGCCACCGAAAGGCACUAUGAAGCCUACUGGGAAGGCUGGAAACAGGACAAAUGCUGCCCCUGAACUGGCUGGAUCCAGUGCUCCAACAAAGAACACUCCUACUGCCAAAACAGUUGCUAGCACUACUGCCAGCUCCUCAGACUGGGUCCCUUAUACGGAAGAAAGUUCAGAUUCGGCUGAGGUAUUUGACUGGGAAGGCCGAAGGGUUCAAAGCAUGCAUGAAUUGGAGAGUGAUGAUAUUGUCAACAAAUUCAUAACCAAUGAAAAUGGAGCACACGUGGCCUUUGUGAAGAAAAGACAUCAAAUAAAGAGUUACAUUGCGGUGGCAAGGCUUGGAAGAAAUCUCCAAAGGGAAGAUGACCUUAAUGUGCCGGCUAUCUCUUUCACAGACCCGUGCUUGGUAGCACUGCCUGGGGUGAAGCGGACUUUGAGAUGGUACAAUUUUAAUAAAGAAAUUUUUUAUCUUAAUGUUGGGUGUUUCUUUGACCCGCAGGCCAAGAUCAAUGUUGAUUAUUGGAAUUCCCGAAGACUGGCUAUCAUUGAGGAGAAUGCCUCUACCUCUAUUCCAUUUGUUGAAACCUGUGGGGAUAAGGCAAUUAAUGGGGGUAAAGGCUAUUUGGUGACAAACAUGUAUGAAAUGGGGUAUGAUGAUGUUAUCACCAUGCUUGAGGUUAAUGAAAAAGGCAAAACAAUUGCCUAUGCGUGGGAAACAGAUCAAAUACCAAAGGGAGUUAACAUUGUUAAGCUGGGACCGAAACUGGAAGAGCUAAAUGGGGAUGAUAAUGGAGUGAACUUCACUGAAGACUUCCUACUUAGCUGCCCGGAGGUAAAAAAGAAAGGGGACUGGUAUGACUUUGAUAAACCUGCAUUUAUUCUUCGUGUAUUAUCUUUCUUUGAUCCUAACCUGGACAGGAACAAGAAGUACUUGAAAGAAAUGAGGAGAAGGGCUAGAAAAGAAAAAAGGAGAAAGAAGGAAUUGAUCCUGAAGAUGAGGUUUUCUCAUCGGACCUUUACCUUUCUUAAUGUGUUUGGGUGUAUCUCGGUCUCCUUUUUUAAUAUGUUGAUUAAAAUAGCAACUUGGAAUGUUAGGGGUUUGAAAAAACCUUCUAAACAUAACACUAUUAAGAACUUUACUAGGAUUAAUAAUAUUAAUUUAUUUUGUUUUUUAGAGACAAAAAUGAACCCGAAUAGUUUUAAUAAUUAUGUUUCUAAUGUGUGGCCGGAGUGGGUGCAUGAAACUAAUUUUCAAACUAUUCAAGGUGGGCGUAUGGGCAUCAUUUGGGACCCAGGUUUUGUGAUUUGUAAUUUUUUGGAAAUUGAUAAACAACAUAUGCAUAUUAAAUGUACUUGCCGGGUCACACAAACCAUUAUAUAUGCUACUUUUGUUUAUCCCUUAUAUACUGUGUUGGAGCGGAAGGAACUUUGGGACCACUUAAUGGAUUUGGGAGCUUUUAUUUUCGAUCCUUGGGUUAUUUGUGGUGAUUUUAAUUGUGUUUGCUCGCCAAAUGAAAGGGUGGGUCCUACCCCCCCCCCCCUCGGGCUACAUUAUGCAACACUUGAAUGAUUUUUUGGUCUCGGCUAACCUACAGGAUGCCCCAUCUACGGGUGUUUUCCAUACAUGGAAUAGGGGCAUUCUUUGGGCUAAGCUAGAUCGUGUUUUAAUUAAUGACGUAUGGGGGCAAAAUGGCUUUGGGUGUAAGGCUCAUUUCUUUGAUAUAGAGGUGGAGUUUGACCAUUCGGCCUCCGUUUUUUCUAUACUCCAUAAUUCCUCUACUAGACCAAAGCCAUUUAAAUUCUUCAACAUGUGGAUUAAGCACCAGAAUUUUUCUAGCAUAGUUGAACAGGUUUGGCACCAAGAUGUUGCUGGUUCAGCCCAGUACAUAUUGGUGAGAAAAUUAAAAAUGCUAAAAGGGCCUCUCAAAAAGUUAAAUGACAGGGAAUUUGGGCACAUCUCUAGCAAAGCUAAAGCAGCUAAAGAGGAAUUUAAGAGAGUUCAAAACCUUGUGCUCCAAGCUCCAUCGGAUGUUGAACUCCUACGCCAAUUGAAGGAGAAAAGAGAUCGGGCCAUAUUUCUUAGUGAGGCAGAAACGAGCUUUUACCAACAAAAGGCAAAGGCGGAUCAUAUCCUGGAGGCGGAUAAAGGAACGAGGUACUUUCAUGCGAUUGUGAAGAGGAACGCCACGCGGAAUUCGAUAUCUUCUAUCACUCUUGAAGAUGGUAGUCUUACUACAUCUUUAGAGCAAGUUGGUGAUGAGUUUGUAAAUUUUUUUAUUGAUUUGUUUGGCACAGGUACCGAAUGCCAUCAUUUUGAUCCCACGGUGUUGGGAUCCGGUCCCCUGGUGGAACCUAGUUUCCAUGACAGCCUCCUUGCGCCGAUUGAGACAAUAGAGAUUAAAAAUACUCUAUUUGACAUCGGCAAUGAUAAGGCACCGGGACCGGAUGGUUAUUCAUCCGCAUUUUUUAAGUCUAAUUGGGAACUUAUUGGGCAUGACAUAGUCCGGGCCGUCAAAGAGUUUUUCCGUUCGGGAAAGUUACUAAAGCAAAUAAACCACACGGUUAUUGCGCUCAUCCCAAAAACGAAUCACUCACCGAAGGUCUCGGACUAUAGACCAAUCUCAUGUACGAAUGUGAUGUAUAAAAUUAUUACAAAAAUCCUUGCGGCUAGACUCACUCCAUGCCUUCCAGGCUUGAUUGAUCUAGCCCAAGGUGCUUUUGUUAAUGGCCGCCUCAUGUUUGAUAACAUUUUUCUGGCCCAAGAACUUGUUAGAGGAUACAUGAGAAAGCGGAUCUCACCUAGAUGCAUGAUCAAGGUGGAUUUGCGCAAGGCCUAUGAUACUAUUUCUUGGAGCUUUCUCGAGAAUGUUCUAAGGGGUUUGGGCUUCUCCGUAAGAUUUGUUGGAUGGAUUAUGGAGUGCGUAACCACGGCCUCAUUCUCCGUCUCUUUGAAUGGUUCUUUGUUUGGUUUUUUUUAGGGUAAGAGGGGAAUUCGGCAAGGAGAUCCAAUGUCUCCGUUGCUAUUUGUCCUUUGCUUAGAAUACUUUUCCCAACUUAUUAAUUUAAAAACCAAAGGGCCAAAUUUUAAUUUUCACCCUCAAUGUGCGAAACUUGGAUUGACACACUUGGCCUAUGCAGAUGACUUAAUACUGUUCUCUCGGGGUGACACGUAUUCAAUUGAAAUACUUGUCAAAGCCCUCGAAGAGUUUGGGGAUGCGUCGGGCCUUAAAGUGAAUCAUGAGAAAUCAAAUAUUUUUGUAGGGGGAGUUAAUGAAAAUGAUCUCCAGGAGAUCAUGGCCCUUGUGGACUUUGGGCGUGGCACAUUCCCGGUUAAAUACCUCGGAAUUCCACUUGCCCCCCUUAAGGUUUCUAUGGCACAGUACUCACCGCUGCUGGAUACAAUCUCGGUUUUUUUUAAAGGCUUGGAACAUGAAGACUUUAUCCUAUGCCGGAAAACUCGAGUUGAUAAGAUCUGUGAUCCAAGGGGUCCAAUCUUUUUGGCUCCAGAUUUUCCCGGUCCCCCAAACACUCCUAGAUAGGAUUGUUUCUAUUUGCCGAAUUUUUCUAUGGGGUGGGAAAUAUUCUAAAGUGGCUUGGGAUGACAUUUGUCUACCAAAAGAGGAGGGGGGCCUUGGCAUUCAUAAUGCCAAGAUUUGGAACCAUGCUCUCCUCUCUCGAACACUUUGGGAUGUCCAUAGGAAAAAAGACACUCUAUGGGUAAGGUGGGUAAAUGGGGUCUACCUUAAAGGUAGGAGCGUGUGGGAUUUUAUCCCACACAAUCGUGACUCAAUGUUCAUGAAGAAAUUGAGUCACAUACGGGACCAAAUCUUGGGAUGUUUUAACAAUUUGAAUGAUACCAUUAUGGGCCUAAAUAGUAGAUCCUUAAAUGGUAAGCUUUGUUCCGAAAAGAUUUAUGAGUUGUUGAGAAUUAAAGGGACGCCGAGAGUGUGGAUGAACUUCAUUUGGAAGUCUUAUAUCCCUCCGAAGCUCUCAUUCAACGCUUGGCUUGCUAUGAGGAACCGGUUACCUACGCAGGAUAGCCUUAGUUACCUCCAUAUUGUUAAUCGUUGUGACUUGUGCAAGGGUGGAUUGGAAACAAUACCACACCUAUUUUUUCGUUGUCAUUACACCUGUAGGGUCUGGGAAAAAAUUAAGGAAUGGUUGGGGAUGAAUCGAGAGAUGACCACGCUAUGCAACUCCGUGAAAUGGAUCUUGAAGGAUCAUAAGGGUUCAAAGAUCAAAGGGAAGGCUGUUCGGAUUGCGUUUGGUGCCGCGGUUUACUACCUUUGGCACGCUAGAAAUGCCAACCAAUUUGAUGAAAAGGACGUGAAGGAAGAGGUAGUCAUUGCAAAAGUCAAGAAUGUGGUGUAUAAAAUACUUUUCAAUUUAUACCCGCAUGGCUUGAUCACAUUCUGAGUAGAAGGCCGGGGAUUGGAUAUUAUGGAGGCCGCGGUUUUUGGUUUGACCGCUACAUGUUUGCUUGGAGCGCCGAUGCAUGGACAUUAUGGAUGCCACGGCUUAACACUUGAUACGACGCGGCAUGGACAUUAUGGAUGCCGCGGCAUGUAGCAUGAUCUUUGAUAUUAUGGUGUUUGUUUUACUGGCAACUUUUGUACUUUCCUUAGAAUUUAGCCUCUGAUCUGUGUGCAUGCAUUUGCAGCACUGAUGUAUUUUUUUGAACUUCUUGAUGAGCUGGGUUUUUGGCAUUAAAUAGAUCGAAUAAAAACCUCCUUUCACCCACACAUUAUGUGUGGUGGAGGAGGUUUUAAGAGAUCUAGAACAUGUGUUGUAUAGUUUUUCUGAGUGUUAAUAUAUAUUUACAUUUCAU